AGAUGUAAACAUUUGGUACUAGGCCGCCGCCGUCUGUCUAAACUUUGCAGACAUUUGUGUAACGUUACACGUAUUAUACAGCUGCAUGGGCUGGACCGAAGAGUCAAUGGAAACUAGCUAGCUUACUAAGCACUGGCUAGCUUUCAAGUGGAAACCUAGCUAUGAUAACUUGGAAAAUAUAGCUAAUGUAUUCGGGUAAAGUCUUCGAAAAACAGUCUUUUUCCUGUAAUAGUAGGACUAUACUUUUGUGCAUGGGAAGCAGACGACAUUUGCUGCGGCUGGAUAAAAACGCUUCAAGGUGGCGACAGACAAAGUUGCUGGUAAGCUGAGUUCUACUCUCUCAUGGGUGAAGAACUCAGUGUCCCACACGGUCAGUCAAAUGGCUAGCCAGGUGGCCACGCCCACGUCCCUGCAGACCACUGCCACCUCCUCUUCUACAUCUCUGUCUUCGCCUGCCCUCUCGCCAUCCUCACCGGCGCUGCUCAGUCCUGACGAUGUGGAGCUGCUUGCCAAGCUCGAGGAGCAGAACAGGCUGCUAGAGACAGACAGCAAGUCGCUGCGCUCAAUGAAUGGCUCCAGGCGAAACAGUGGCUCCUCCCUGGUGUCCAGCUCCUCUGCCUCCUCCAACCUCUCCCACCUUGAGGAGGACACGUGGAUCCUGUGGGGACGAAUCGUCAAUGAGUGGGAGGAGGUGCGCAAGAAGAAGGAAAAGCAGCUUAAGGAUCUUGUCAGAAAAGGGAUUCCUCACCACUUCCGGGCGAUAGUGUGGCAGUUGUUGUGCAACGCCCAGAAUAUGCCCAUCAAGGAUCAAUACUCAGAACUCCUAAAGAUGACAUCACCCUGUGAGAAGCUGAUUCGCAGAGACAUCGCCCGCACAUAUCCUGAACAUGAAUUCUUUAAAGAAAAAGACAGCUUGGGCCAGGAAGUGCUCUUCAAUGUUAUGAAGGCAUAUUCUCUGGUUGACCGUGAAGUUGGCUAUUGUCAAGGGAGUGCAUUCAUUGUAGGACUGCUACUCAUGCAGAUGCCAGAAGAGGAGGCUUUCUGUGUGUUUGUGAAGUUGAUGCAGGACUACAGAUUACGAGAGCUCUUCAAACCCAGUAUGGCUGAGCUGGGACUCUGCAUGUAUCAGUUUGAGAGUAUGAUCCAGGAGCAACUCCCCGAGCUGCAUUUGCAUUUCCAGGCUCAAAGCUUUCACACUUCCAUGUAUGCCUCCUCCUGGUUCCUCACCAUCUUCCUCACCUCCUUCCCUCUGCCCGUCGCCACAAGGAUGUUUGACAUCUUCAUGUGUGAGGGUCUGGAGGUAGUUUUCCGUGUGGGACUGGCCAUCCUUCAGAUGAACCAAACUGAACUCAUCCAGCUUGACAUGGAGGGAAUGUUACAGCAUUUUCAGAGAGUCAUCCCACACCAGCUUGACAGUGGGCCAGAUAAGGUCAUCCAGGCUGCUUAUCAAGUUAAAUACAAUGCCAAGAAGAUGAAAAAGUUAGAGAAAGACUACACUACAAUAAAAACUAAAGAGAUGGAGGAGCAGGUGGAAAUAAAGAGGUUGCGGACAGAGAACAGGCUCCUGAAGCAGAGGAUAGACACACUAGAGAAAGAAAGUGCUUCCUUGGCAGAUAGAUUGAUCCAGGGACAAGUGACUCGAGCUCAGGAGGCAGAGGAGAACUACCUGGUCAAGCGGGAGCUGGCCACAGUCAAACAGCAAGGUGAAGAGGCCAGUGCUCAGCUAGAGCAGGCCAAGACAACCAUCAGGCAGCUCCAGCAGCAGCAGCAGCAGCCGCAAGCGAAGAGAGCUCCUCGGUACUCCGAGGAGUCCGUGCUGCAGCUGGAGAGAGAGCUUGUGCAGGCCCGGCUGAAGGAGGCAGAGUCUCAGUGCGCUCUCAAGGAGAUGCAAGACAAGAUCCUGGAUAUGGAAAAGAGGAACACAUCGCUACCAGAUGACACCAAUGUGGCACGUCUUCAAGAGGAGCUGAUAGGGGUAAAGCUGAGAGAGGCAGAGGCUCUGACCGGCCUGAAAGAGCUGCGACAGCAAGUCAGAGACCUGGAAGAGCACUGGCAGCGUCACUUGGCACGCACCGCUGGUCGCUGGAAGGACAGCCCUAGGAAGAAUACCCUGAGUGAGCUGCAGGACGAGCUGAUGAGUGUGAGGCUACGUGAGGCCGAGGCCCAGGCAGAGCUUCGGGAGACACGGCAGAGGAUGCUGGAGCUGGAAACACAGAAUCAGAUUCACAGUAACCAGCUGCGACGGGCAGAGCAGGAGAGUCGCUGUCUCCAGGAGUGUGUGCAAACACUGACGGUGCAAAAUAAAGAUCUGAAUGUGCAACUGCAAGAGAUCAAGCGGAGACAAGCUGAGAUUGAGUGCAAGAGCAAGGAAGAGGUGAUGGCAGUGAGGCUGCGGGAAGCUGACAACAUAGCUGCUAUGGCUGAACUACAGCAACAGAUCUCAGAGCUUGAGAUUCAGAAAGAAGAAGGAAAGGUCCAAGGCCAACUGAACCACACAGACUCGAGCCAGUACAUCCGCGACCUCAAAGACCAGAUAGCAGAGCUAAAACAUGAGAUUUGCUGCUUAAAAGGACAGAGGGGCUUGACCAAUCAGUCCACUUUUGAUGGGAUCCACAUGAUCAGUCACUAUGUGGGGGAUGAUGGGUCUUACCAGUCUUCAGAUGAAGAUGGGGUCAAGGGCCCGACCCUCCACAACACCCAGCAGAGGAGCGGGGGCCGUAUCAGACUGCGCCCCAACCUCGGGGACACCGACAGUGAGGAGGAGGAGGACGAUGAGGCCCUGCGACUCUCUGUACCUCAGAGCGCCAGCCACAAGUCCACCACCGUGUGACUAUCACCCACUGGAAGUUGGGACAGAGGCUGUCAGUACUCACUGAGGAACAGGAGAUGUGUUUCCAACAGCCAUUUCAGAGUAGAUGUCUGGAUUUGGAGUUCUGAAUUUCAGAAAGGAAACUCAUCAUCAUUUCAUAUCACACUUAUGGAUUUAGUUUAUUUUGUUCACCUCCCUUUUGUAGUUUUUGUUUUCUUCCUGAGGACAGCAAACAACCGUCUGUCUGAGCACCACUGACAGAAGUCGACCAUUAGUGUGGACCUCAGCAGAGAAUGAAAAAAACGUGGAGCGUAUCAAAGUCUACUGGGCCACAAUGGGGCGGGGGCGAAGGGGGUUGACCUCCUGUUGGUACAACACAGAGAAGAGACUGUGCAAUUAAACCUUUUAUGCUAUAUUACACACUUCAUCCAAUGGUUUUAUAUUUUUAAAGUAUUUUAUAAAUGAACAUCAAAAAUGUAUUGAUGCCGUUACUACUAAGUGUCCAUCAUGCAGAGGCAGAAUUGUAUAGGUGCUGUGUGUGUGUAUGUAUGUGUGUGUGUGUGUGUGUGUGUGUGUGUGUAUAUAUA